AUGACCUGCAUAAUUGAAUCGGUAACUGAAUUCUGUGGGUUGACAGAACCCUCUGGAUACUUAACAGAUGGUCCAAUAAACUAUAAAUAUAAAACUAAAUGCACAUGGUUAAUUGAAGGCUAUCCUAAUGCAAUACUUAGAUUAAGAUUUAAUCAUUUUGCCACAGAAUGUAGUUGGGACCAUAUGUAUGUUUAUGAUGGUGAUUCAAUAUAUGCACCUUUAAUAGCAGUAUUUAGUGGUCUAAUUGUCCCAGAAGUACGUGGAAAUGAAACUGUUCCUGAAGUAGUUACCAUAUCUGGAUAUGCAUUACUACAUUUUUUUAGCGAUGCUGCUUAUAACCUAACUGGUUUUAACAUUUUUUACUCGAUCAAUUCCUGUCCUAAUAAUUGCUCAGGGCACGGGAAAUGUACAACGAGUGUCUCCAUUCCAAGCCGGGUAUAUUGUGAAUGUGACAAGUAUUGGAAAGGUGAAGCCUGUGAUAUUCCCUAUUGUAAAGCUAACUGUGGCAGCCCAGAUCAUGGCUACUGUGAUCUGACAGGCGAGAAGCUGUGUGUAUGCAACGAUAGCUGGCAAGAUUCUUGCUGA